AUGUCCACCUCUGUACCACCACCAUCAAUGGCAACAAAUAGCUCGUAUAUGCCUCCUAUGAUUUUUGUUGGAUCUAGAAGAGUUCUUGCAGCGGUGUGGUACUGUAUUGUUUACUUGAUUUCAGUCAGUCUCCACAUAGCUUUCAUUAUGGGUGCAAGGAAGUUGUAUGGCUGUAAGGCGAACUUCUCAUUUACUCUUCUGCUUUUUCUUUCAACACUAGCAUUAAUCUACUUCGCAGCUCACAUGAUUGGGACCAUAGCAGCAUUGCUUGACUUGGAUUGGUUCAAAUUCCAGCUUCUCGGCUCUCUUGCCUAUGGGGCAGUUUUUACAGUGAUUUCCAUUGACGUAGUUAUAGCUCUUCAUCGGCUCAUCUACACAACAUGGCCAUUCUUAGAUAGUAAUCGAAUGUGUGUGCUAGCUACAAAGGCUAUUUUUCUCGCCAUUGGUGUGAUUUUUAUUCUGUUCGUGAUAAUCCUCAACACUGAGCUGAUCGGUGUUCGAUGGAUCAGUUCCGCUAUGGGUUUUGUGGCCAUGCGAAAUCGUAAUAUUAUUCUGUUUGAUAUAAUCAACAAAGUCUUCAAUUAUCUGAGUGGAAUCGUGAAUUCCUUUGCCUAUGCAUUACUACUUUUUAUUCUUGCAAAAAAGAGAAUGUUAUCGUUUGCUCAGAAUCAUGAACUCAAAGUAACGAUACAGGUGUCUAUAAUGAUGGCAGAAGAAGUGGGAUUUUUUGUGUAUUGGGAAUUCUUUCCUGUACAGGGAUAUGGUGCUGGUAUGGACAUAUUGAUAGCUGAGACAGCUUUGAUGUUGUUUCUCGACGUACUCAUCCUUCCAUACUUAAUCCUCAACAGCUUAAACAAAAUAUCGAACUAUCUCAUCGGAGUUGUUAAUCUUAUCGCGUAUGCAGUAUUGCUUUUUACUCUUAUCAAGAGGAAGAUGUUAUCAUUUUCACGCAGCCAUGAGAUUAAAAUGACGUUGCAGGUAUCACUCAUGAUGAUAGCAGAAAUGAUAUUCUUUUGUUAUUGGGAAUUCGCCAACGUGCAUGGAUACGGUGCAUGGGAUCUAGUAAUAGCCGAAAUCUCGGUUUUAUUGUUUUUCGACGUACUUGUACUUCCAUACAUGAUUCUCAAUCGAAGUUUUCAUGCCGAGAUGAAGCGCUUAUUCAAACCAUGUGACAGGAAAGGGGAACGAGUCCGACAACUACGUAUGAGCGUGGUGACGUCGGCAACGUGA